AUGGAUACCCCGCUAAGGCGCAGCCGGCGGCUGGAAGGCCUAAUGCCCGAGGCCGUGGAGAACCUCACCUCAGCUGGACGCGAGAGACGAGCCCUUGUGAGAUUCGAGUCGGGCCCCGAGGAAGGACCUUCGGACCAGGCCCCGGCGGCCAAGAAGCUGAAACGGGAGAGGGAGGAGGCGCUGCCCGUGGUCCCUAGGGGGAAGCCCAAGUCCGGGCGCGUGUGGAAGGACCGGUCCAAGAAGAGGUUCUCCCAGAUGGUUCAGGACAAGCCCCUGCGCACAUCCUGGCAGCGCAAGAUGCAGGAGCGACAGCAGCGGCAGCUGGCCAGGGACCUCGCCCGGCACCUGGAGGAGGAGAAGGCGCGUCGCCGCCAGGAGAAGAAGCAGCGGCGGGCUGAGAACCUGAGGCGGUGCCUGGAGAACGAGCGCAGAGCUGAGGUCGUCCAGGUGAUCCGCAAUCCCGCCAAACUCAAGCGGGCCAAGAAGAAGCAGCUGCGCUCUGUUCAGAAGCGGGACACCCUUUCGCCAGGCGGCGCCUCUGCCAGAAGGAACGUGGCCCGGGCUCCGGCCUCUCAGGCUCUGGGACGGAAUCCCCCGACCCGGGGAGCCGAGUCCGGGGUCCCUCAGCCCCAGGGCGGUAACGUGACCCCCAGUGUGCCCAGGCCUGGGGAUCCAGGGGCACACGCCCCGCCCCGCCCUUAG